CUCCACUGCGUGACCCUUCCGCAGUUGUUAAAUCAGCAGUCUUUGGCAUUAUGCAAGUGAGUUAUGAAAGUUCUUGGCUGUAGCCUACUCUCACUUCUCUGCAGAUGCGACAGAGAUCAACGGACUGUCAUUGAAGGUCAUCAUGUUUGGAUCAGUGGUAGUAGGUGUAGGCAUUGCAGGAUGUGUCCGAAUGAGAGAUUUACUCGCCCCUUUACAAGCCAGUGCUGCUGAAAAACUCACGCUCAAGGGUUUUAUCUCCAGGAGGACUCUUGAUGAUCAGCAGGGUGUAAAACAGAUCUCCAUGAAUGAAGCGUUAAGCAGAGAUGAUAUCCAGGUGGCUUUUAUAUGCACAGAAAACACCAGCCAUGAAGAACACAUCAGGCACUUUCUGGAGGCAGGAAAGCAUGUGUGUGUGGAGUAUCCCAUGACCCUGAGCUACUCAUCUGCUGUAGAUCUGUGGGAUCUGGCUCAAAAGAAAGGUUUGGUGCUACACGAAGAACAUAUUGAACUUCUCACCCCUGAUUUCAAACAGCUGAAAAAAGACAUAGCUGGAAAGACACUGGAGGAGGGAAAACUACAUUUCACAGGUGGCUCUUUGAAAGCAGAUUUUGGCUUCCCUUCAUUCAGUGGCAUUGCCAGAUUGACCUGGUUGGUCGAUCUUUUCGGGGAGCUCACGGUUACUGCAGCGUCUCUGGUGGAGGAGAAAGAGAACAAAUACAUGAAAAUGACGGCCCACUUACUGACACAACAGCAAAAACCUCUAACAUGGAUUGAAGAACGGGGUCCAGGACUGGGCAGGACCAAACACGUUAACUUCCGCUUUCAGGACGUCACAAUCACCGAGCUUCCUGCUGGUCAGCGCGAGCCGGUGGGUUUAUUCAUGCAGGAUAUGGUGUUGUUUGGCCGGAAACUGCAGGGGGACGUGACUGCGGCUGAGCUUCAGAAUGAGAAAAACCGAAUCCUGCACUGUCUGAAAAUGGCAGAUCGCAUCCACGCGCUCUGUGAGAACAGCCAGGUCUGAAGCUGCGCAGACAGAUGGACUCGAUGAAAUGAACCACUAUAACUUCUGAGCCGGUGUUCAGAUGGCUUUCAUUAAUGUGAGAUUUUGGAAUUACCACUUAUAACUGAACCGAAAAAUUUAAGAUUAAAAGACAAACGUUUUGUGCCACUAGUUUGAUAAAAGGUUUAAAUGGGCAGCUCUGUCAUUGUGGUUUGUUCUGUGAAUGUGAGCUUUGUAUUGACUGUGUGUCAUAAAUGUUUUGAACUUCUCUUCAUAUCCAGUGUUAGUUUAGUGAAAGCAGAUGAAAUGUGAUUAAUGAAAAUAAAACUGAUGAAAGCAGAUGUAUAAUGAUCAUAUUUGUGAAAAGCAUUGUUUUCAUCGCAUCAAAUAAACAUUUACCCAAAA